AUGACUACCAUAGUCGAGAAGACUUCUGACGGCGUCAUCUAUCGCGCAGCAAAGAAGUAUCCCAUUCCUGAUGUUGAUCUCCUGACCCUACUUUUUGACUCAGAGCACUGCCUCGCAAAACCCGACACGCCAGUCCACAUCUCAGCUGCAGAUCCAAGUCUCAUCCUGACCACAUCGCGAGCACGUAGUCUGACCCAAGCAACAUCAGCAUCACUUCGCAAGCAUUUUGGCAUCGGCGCCAAUGGCAAAGGCAAAGACAUUUGCUCCGUGAUAUCUACAGGCCACUACCUUCUCCCGGUCCUCAGCUACGGCAUCAUCGGCUCCGGCGGCGUUUUCUCCGCAGCAUCAGCAGCCAGCACACCCAGCGAACUAAGUAAACAGCUUCAAGGCGCGCAGUCGAAGAUCCUGGUCACUGUCGAAGCUACAAAAGAGACUGCAGUCAAGGCAGCAGAAGAGGCGGGAUGGGGAGCCAAUGGUGGUGGACGUGUGUUACUGAUGAGCGAAGACAAAGACUGGGAGCUGAAGAUUAUUGAAAAGGACGGAAAGCUGGGCAGUAGUUUGAUUGUCGAGAAUGACCAGUUGCCGUGGCAGAAGAUUACGGACCCUUGGGAGUUGGAGAAUAGUCUUGUAAUCCUGAUUUAUAGCUCGGGGACGACUGGGCUACCAAAGGAACCUUGGCUCAUCUUCCAGUCGCUCACAUCGGCCGGAAUCCAAGGGUAUCUGAUCAACCCAUUUUACAUGGGAGGACCCGUCUACUGGAUGCCACGCUUCGACUUCGCCCAAUUCCUCGCUUACAACGCCAAAUAUAAAAUCACCUUCUUCUUCACCGUCCCACCCAUCUACCUCCUCAUCGCCAAAUCCCCGUGCCACCUCCAGCACGCCGCGAGCCAAAAACUCGGCGGACCCGACUGCUUCAUCAGUCAGACCUGGGGUCUUUCCGAAACAACCGGCUCAGCGACAAUCAUGCCCAUGGGCAUGUCCGACGACACAGGCUCCGUAUCCCCGCUCAUCCCCAACAUGCUCGCGCGCAUCGUCGACGACAACGGGUCGGACGUCGAGCCCGGCCAGCCCGGCGAAGUGCUCGUCAAAGGCCCCGUCGUGUGCAAAGGGUACUACCAGAACCCCGCCGCGAACAAAGAAGCGUUUACGAACGACUGGUUCCACACCGGUGACAUCGCCGAAUUCCGCAAUGGACUCUUCUACAUCGUCGACCGUAAGAAGGAACUCAUAAAAUACAAGGGCCUGCAGGUCGCGCCGGCCGAACUCGAGGCUUUGCUGCUCAACCACCCAGACAUUUUGGAUGCCGCGGUCAUUGGCGUGGAUGUGGAUGAUGGCACCAAUGAAGUGCCCAGGGCGUAUGUGGUGGCUGAUCAGGGCAAGAUUAGCGCAGAGGAGAUUAGGGAGUUUGUGAAGCGGAAUGUGGCGGGGCAUAAGCAGUUGAGGGGGGGGCGUGGUGUUUUUGGAUGA